ACCGGAGGAACCAGCCUCCCUGCUCGCACCACUGAUUUGCUCUCUCCGAAGCGGACGCAGCAGAUGCACCAAGGACGAGGCGGCACAGUGAGCCACUUUACAUCCCUGCAAUUUUUCUCAUGCCUGACCAGGUAGAUACAGCGCAGCCAAAACAGAUGUAACACAUCUCUUUUCUAACGCGUGCGAAGGGGCGGACACGGAGCCCCGUCCUUGCUUCCUGCAAAGUGGGGACCCUGCUCCCCCUGCGCAGCCCCGGGACCGGGCUGGUGCUGCAGAAUUCACCUCCCCACCCCAGGAGGGAAACCAGUCAAGGGUGGGCAGCUAUCAAAUGGGCCACCUACAGAUGUCAGACAAGCUACACCGAGCAGAUCGAGGGUAGAGAAGCAGUAGUAGUUCCUGGAGAUGAGAAUAAACCAGCCAUGACAAUAAAGGCGAGUGGGCAGCAGUUGGGCGCAGCAGCUCAAGACCUCAACCCAUUGCGUACAAAAAGCAAAGCUGGAGCCUGAAAUAAGAUCCAGGCUCCAGCAAAAUGGACUAUUUCCAAGUAUUUGAAAAGCUUCAAACAGCUGUGGGGAAGAAGAAAACUCUCACAGCCUGUGACAAGGCAGAGCGAGACAGACAGGAAAACAAGGUCUCCGUUAACACAGAAGAGGCAUUGAGUCUUUGACAGCACCCGGAGGGCACGGGUGGUGCUGGCUGGGCACGCUCGGCAGGCUCCCGCUGCCCAACCAUGUUUGAGGAAAAUCCUCCUUCAAGAUAUUUCACAAGACUCGCUCACCCAGAAGACUCCCAAGAAACCAGCACAGCUGUAAGUCACGUUUUGCGGGAUCAGGAAAACACAGGACACGUCCCAGCGGACAACAGCGGCAGCUUUGCUUCCUCCGGUGACUUGCCAGCAAACCCAACCUCCCCGCAGAACCACCUGGCGAAUCUGAAGCUGCUGAUGGCCAGGCAGAAGGCAGAGUACGAAUCUAAAAUCGCAAGCCUGGAGCAGCGGAACAGAGAGCUGCAGUCCGAGAUUAAGGGCAUGCAUUCAAAACUGGGACAGCAACGUAAGUGGUACAGUCUUGUGGAGAUGAAAAUGCGAAAUGCAGAGAGAGCAAAGGAAGAUGCAGAGAGAAGAAAUGAAAUGCUCCAAAAAGAAAUGGAAGAGUUUUUUGAAACCUUCGGGGGAAUUAACAAAUGGAAAUAAACAGGAGCUUGCUCAGUUUGAAAUUGAGCUAAACUGUAGGAGAGAAAGGCCACAUCCCAAUUUCAGCACCUACUCCUAUUUUAGAGGUGAAAUAGGAAACCCAACGGUAAAACCUAGGCUGUCGAUUGUAACAGGAGCAGUUGAUACAAACUCGUUGGGAUUCCUGAACUCCAGGAGCUCUGCACCACCCUCUAAUGCCAGGGAUGCUUCCUCCUUCCACUGCACAGAUCUUCCAGACACUUUGCAUGCCAAGUGCCGAGCCAAUCCACACAGCGUGCCGGCAAAGCGCUGGUGCGUUCUGGCUAGCCUCGAGUCUUGCACAGAUGCACUAAAUGCCUAAGUGGCUGAGCGGUUUUAAUCAAGGGAUGUCAUGCUUGCUGGAGCGUGUUUUACCAGCUACCCCAGAAGUCACACAGGUAUGACAUGGUUUUAGAGAGUGCUGAGCUCAUACCUGCAUCCCAAAGUCAGCCGUUUCAGAGACAGGGAAACGAGACAACACACUUGCAUCGUCCCGAGUUCCCCACCAGCACUCACACGGCCCUGUGCCUGGGCAAUUCCUGCCCUCCCACUGAAGGGAUAUUCCUUCAUGGAGGUGGAGGAGGUCUCUUACAAAGCCAUUUGCUCCGCUGGGUUAUAAUUAGCCUCCCUGCAGCACUCCUGUAAGAACGCAUUAGUCUCAAGACCAUCACUAGUAGACUCCCUGACAUCUCUUCAGAGUUACCUCUCUCAACACGAGAAAUGCGUUAACUAUUUUGAUACCAGCAUUAAUGACACAUAUACUGUUAAAUAUCAAGAAAGUAACUGCUGUUCUUUUAACCCACUGCAGAACUUUAACAUGAACAAUGGCAUCUGUAUACUUAAACUUGUACUGAAUUUAA